AGGGCGCGGGGGGCUGAUGCCGGGCGAGGAGAGGUGAUGGAUAUUCCCAGGGCUGUCCCCCGGCUGGACGGGCUGUUCCUGCGGCGGUUCCUGCGGCUGCUGGCCGUGCUCUUCCCCGGGUGGCCCUCCGCGAGCGCCCUCAUGUUCCUGACUCUGCUCGGUGUCGCCUUGCUGGAGCAGCUGGUUAUUUACCAGGUCGGCGUCAUCCCCAGCCAGUACUAUGAGGUCCUAGGGAACAAAGAUUUCUCCGGGUUCAAAACACUGACUGCCGUUGCCGUGACUCUGAUCAUAGUGAACUCCACGCUAAAAAGCUUCGACCAGUUUAUCUGCAACAUGAUGUACGUGAACUGGAGGAAAUCCCUCACUGAAUACCUCCACAGCUGCUACUUCCAAGGCCAGGUCUACUACAGCCUGCAUGUGCUGCGUGAGGACAUCGAUAAUCCGGACCAGCGCAUCAGCCAGGAUGUGGAGAGGUUCUGCAGGCAGCUCAGCUCCAUGGCCAGCAAGCUUGUCAUCUCACCUUUCACGCUGGCCUACUACACACACCAGUGCUUUCACAGCACAGGCUGGCUAGGCCCGGUGAGCAUCUUUGGAUAUUUUGUCAUUGGGACGAUUGCAAACAAACUAUUGAUGAGCCCAAUUGUGUCUAAACUUGUGCAGCAGGAAAAACUGGAGGGCGAUUUCAGGUUCAAGCACAUGCAGAUUCGUGUCAAUGCAGAACCAGCUGCUUUCUACAGGGCUGGGCGAGUGGAGCACAUGCGCACGGACCGGAGGCUGCAGAGCCUGCUGCAGACCCAGAGAGAGCUGAUAGGCAAGGAGCUGUGGCUAUACAUUGGGAUCAACACCUUUGACUAUCUGGGUAGCAUCCUGAGCUACGUGGUCAUUGCCAUUCCCAUUUUUUCUGGGGUCUACAGUGACCUGAGUCCAACAGAGCUCAGUGCCCUCGUCAGCAAGAAUGCUUUUGUUUCCAUCUACCUCAUUGGCUGCUUCAGCCAGCUCAUAGAUCUCUCCAGCACUGUGACCGAUGUAGCUGGCUACACACACAGGAUUGGUGAACUGCAGGAGACCUUGCUGAGCCUUGGCAGAAAAAAAAAUGGUAACUACUCGGAAGCCAAAACAAGCUGGGAUUUGGACGGCAGCCAUUUUGGGGAGGACUCAGUGCCAAGGGACACAGCUUUCCUUCUGGACCAAGUGACACUUUCGGUGCCAUCCUCUGGCAAGCUGCUCAUCAAGGACUUGAGCCUCAGGAUCUCACAAGGAAACAGUGUGAUGAUUGUGGGAAACACUGGUACAGGGAAGACAUCUCUCCUGAGGGUCCUUGGAGGACUCUGGGAGAGCACGCAGGGGAGCAUCAAGAUGCUGACCUGCUUUGGCCCCCGGGGAGUGGUAUUCCUACCACAGCGGCCCUUCUUCACUGACGGAAGCCUGCGUGAGCAGGUGAUCUAUCCCCUGAAGGAGAUCUAUCCAGUUUCAGCUUUCUCCCCAGGGUCUGCAGAUGAUGAAAGAAUUGUGCGAUUCCUGGAGCUGGCUGGGCUGACUGAUUUGCUGGCAAGGGCUGGAGGACUGGAUGAGCAGGUGGACUGGAACUGGUAUGACAUCCUGUCUCCAGGGGAGAUGCAGAGACUCUCAUUUGCACGGCUCUUCUACCUCCAGCCAAAAUAUGCGGUGCUAGAUGAAGCCACUAGUGCCUUGACAGAAGAGGUGGAGCAUGAACUGUAUCGUCUGUGCCUUCAGCUGGGCAUGACGCUGAUCAGCGUGGGACACAGACCCAGCCUGGAAAAGUUCCACAGCUGGAUUUUGAAACUUCAUGGGGAGGGAAGAUGGCAGCUCACUCGAUGCGAGAAGAUGAAGCGGCUCCCUGCUGGGGAAGGACACUGAAAAACAUGCCCUUGUCUGGCCAGACGCAGAACCUGCACAUCUGGGAGAGCUCUCAAUAGCAGACAUGGAGCUGCCAAGGCAGCAGCUGUCAACAUAUGAUUCAAACAGUGGAAGACCAAUUCUGGAUUUUGCUGAUGGACACAGAGCAUGUCAGAACUCAUAGUGUGGGGUUCUGUCAGGAGCAGACAGCUAUGCUAUCCUUCUCCCGGCCUCCUUCUGCCUCCCUGGCUCUCAUGUGGGAAAGGGGUGAGCUGCUAGGCUGCCCAAAGAGAAGAUGCUGCCUCAUGGGCCUUGUAGAAACAAGGGCCAGAGGAACCUCUGCUUUUUCCAGGAUGCAGUGGUGCAAGGCUAGGAUGCAGCCUCCUUUUCUGCCCUCUGUGCCUUUCUGGGAGCUCUGUCUUUGAUACACAGCUCUGCAGAACAGAUUUCUGUACUUUGUGGCUCUAUUGAGGGUUGUGUUCCCCAGGAGGUGCAUUGUAAGGGGAGGAGAAUGCUAGCACAGAGAAGGGGUGUGUCUCUGCUCUCCUUAUGACACAUAGCUACAUGUUAAAGGAACAUUUUUGUAUUAAAAUAUGGAGCCUGUUUUCAAACUA